AUGCCCGGGGUUUCACGCAAUGCCUUAUUCCACCUGCGAGCUGGAGAUGUGAUUGGCUUUUGGAGAUUGCUGGAGAGGACAGGCGCCGUUUCCUCGAUGGGUGUUGGUCCGAGCGUGCCGAGACCUCCGGAUCUGUAUGAGAAUGAGAGGGAGUUUGACCCCGACGAGACAUACCUCCGUGUGCGUGCAGCCCUCGCCCGCCUCAAUCGGUCGUGGGAGCUGCAGCCAAGAGGCCGCGUGUGCAGCAUCCAGCGACUGAGCGACGAGGAGAUAGAGGAGCUCGCCGGCUGGCUCGAUAAAGACUCCAACCGUGUCGACCCCGACCACAAGGAGGAGUUCAAGGACAAGGCGCAGGAGUACGCCGACCGGGCAGAUGCCCUCCACCGGCAGUGGAUGGUGUGGGUCUGGGGCGAGAAGACCGUCCAGUAAGCAUGACACACACAGACACACACGACAGCCAGAAAGUAGCACGCCCUUCACACCACGUGUGUGUCCCCCCUGCUGGUUGUGUCAUGAAUGCAGGAAGCUCGAGCGUGACGUCCCAGAAGACGUCUUCGACCUGGCGCCUUCGGCGACACUUCAAACAUGGACCCCGACGCCCCCCCUCCUCAGCCCACGGGGCAGCCGUCGGCACCUGCACACACGGCCUCUCAGGCGGGGAACGGCACGGUCACUGUCGGGGUGCCUCCACCUUCGAGGGCGCCGCUGCUGCAGUACGCACCGCAGUCCUACCAGAACUACUGCUCACUCUCGUGAGGUCGCGGGCCAGUUUGCUAUGUGUGUGGUUCAUAGGGGGGUUGAUGCAUUUUUCGUAUCCCUGGUGGUAGAUAGAUUCAUGAGUUAUUGGAUGGGGAGCGCAGCAGAGUGGUCAGCUAUGACUUGCCAUGGAGACACAUACGAGAUUCGAUGUAUUUGAACCAUCAAUCACUCAGCGGUUGAGAAGCUGCGCAGCAAGGCUGCGUGUCUGUCUGUUGCGUUGGCGCGUAGUGCGAGUACGUGUGUGCCAGGCGGGCGGUCAGGAUGGUGCUGGUAUGCGACCUCACACGACCAUCAGCAAGCUGCAAUGAAUGCCAGACGGACAAGCACAAAGAUGACUGUUUCGUGUAUGCUGAGUGUGUGCACACUUCACUGGACUGACCUGCUCCGUGUCAGCGGCAACCUGUUUGCAUGACUGUGUGUACGACGGCCACGAACAGACAGACAGAACACGCACGCACAACCUACGGACGUAAGUAAAUUCUUCCUGUCCCUCUCCUCGGACAGGGCUGGAGAGACCG